AAUUUAAAGACAAAGUAAAUGAGAUCCCUGUAGAAGAGAUGAGAUUUCAACCUGUCGGGAGAGACAAAGAUGGCAUGGCAUACGGGUACCUUCUUGAUAAAGAGUUGAACCUUCGUGUUUAUAGAGAGCAUCAAGAUGAUGUUGACUCGGAGUCCUGGGAACUUGUCUGCAGAAACAGAGAAGAUCUUGCAAAAUUGGUAACUGGUCUUGAAACUGGUACAGGCAUGAAAUUAGAUAAACAGGAGUCUUCUGACCAAUCAGAACCAGUAAGUGAUUUUAAUGAAGACUCGAGAGAUUCAUUUAAACAGAAAACACCACUUGGCCCCUCACCACUUACGAUAAAACAGGCAACAGGAGACGGUGAAUCUAAUGACUUUAAACAACAACUAGUGUUGAAGAUAAGCAAAUCAGAUACCAAGUCACCUAGUAAAAUGUUAAAAGAUAAAUUUGUCAAGGAGAAAGGUUCAGAAAUUAAAAGAAUUAUGUGUAAAAUGAAAGAAGAAGGUCUUAUUAAUUCGGAAAGUGAAGAUGAAGAUAGAAUACAAGAUAAGAGUCAUAAAAAAGAAGUUGAUUGUUUACUGGAUAGUAAGGAUGUUUGUGAGGAGUCACUAGCAAAGAAUGAUGGUAAUAUUAUAACUCUUGACAGUUUUAUGAAAGGCAAAGUGGAUAAUAUGGAUUUUAAGACUGAUAUAAAGGAAGAAAAACCAGAUGACAUUGUAAAUGGAGAAGAAAAUUUAGAAAAGGGUGUAAGUUCAAAAGGAGAUGUUGAAAAUUCAGAAGUAUUAGAAAACAGGUUGCAGGAAUUCAAAAGCAAGGAAAUAAAUGCCACAUCUGAGGUGGAAAAAACCCCUGUGAAAAUGGAUGUUUCAGAUAACUCUCCUGGUGAAGGCGAAAGAGGAGAUAACAAGGAAAAACAUUCUGAUAAUGUGGAUGGUGUUAAUUGUAGUGAACAUACAGUUUAUUUCAAAGAAAAGGAAACAAAUUUACAAAAUAAUAUUGAGGAGAAUACAAAAACAAAGUCAAUAUUAGAAAAUUCAGAAGUGUUAAAAGAAAUGGAUCAGGAAAAAUCUACCAAAGAUUGUACGUCUGAGACAGAAAGAGAUGAAAUUAAUAUACCUCAAAAAGACAGUCCCUCUGAAAUUGCAAUAAAAAUCAAAUUUGAAUCACAAAGUGACAUAAUUGAAACAUCUGAGAGAAGUGAAAGUUCCUUAAAUAGAGAUAUUAGUUAUAACAUGAAUGAACAUUCUAAUACAACUAAUCAAGGAAAUAAAUUUAAACAAAGUGCUGCUGUACUAUCUGAAGACAAAAAUGAUAAAAGUGAAAUGGAUGAUAAAGAGGAAAACGCUAAGGAGAUAGACAAAAGGGUAUUGAGUGAUGAAACACAAAAUAAAGAAGACAUAGGAAAUGAUGGUGCUGUUAAUACAAAUAAAGUUCCUGCAAUAUCUGUUUCUUCUCAAGCAAAUGAAAAAUCAGAAAGUGCAGAGUUGUUAUAUUCAUCUGAAAAAUGUUCAUCUCAAACAAGUGAACAAAAUAUUGAGAAUGAUAAUAAAACAGCAAAACAAUUAUUUAUUAAUGAAACUGAAGUGAGAUCUUCUGAUGAUUGUACAGAAAAUGAAUCUCAUAAAACAGUUAGUAUUGAAUCUGCUGAUGAAGUGUCCGUUGAAAACAACCUUGAAAACCUUGUGAAAAACAUUGACACAGAUGAACCAAGGAAAGACACUGAAAGUGAUGUUUCUGAUAAUGUCAUUAAGAUAAAAGUUAGUGAAGAGGAUGUGGAGGAAAUGGGUACUGGAAAAGAAUGCAAGUCCCAUAGCAAGGAAUGUAAAAGUUAUGUCAUAGAAAAAAGUGUGGAUGAGAACUCAGUAAAAGAGGAUGUUGAAGGUAUUGAAGCACCUUCAGACAGUGCUGUUUUGAAAAAAGCAAGGAAAAGAAAGAACAAAGAAAUAAAUUCAGAAUGUUGCAGUAGCUCAACUGAUGAAGAUGUAGACUUAGAAUCUAAACAACCAUGUAAACGUCCAGUUAAGGCAGCUGUCCGAAAAAGUCCAGUUAAACAGUUAGAUGAAACAGAUAUCAUGAAAGAGACUGGGUUGAAUAAUGAUGGAGAAAUUAAUGGUUCUUUUAAGUCAGAGAAUAAACAUGAUAUAGAUUCUGAUACAGUGAAAAAAGAAGUAAUGAGAUCAAAAGAAUGUGAAUCAAAUAAUAAACAGGAUAUAAUAACUAAUCCAGAUGAUGUUCCUAAGAAAGCAGAAAAGAUAAAUGAUCAGAAAAAUGAAGCAGACAUUAAAGCAGAGGAGAAAGCUUUAAACACAAAUAACAAAUACAUGUCUGGUUGUGAAAAAGAAAGAAAUGUUGAACAAGAAGUGCAUUUGAAAAAAGAUAAAAAUGAAAGUGAAAUUACUGAAAAAGUUGAGCAGAUAAUUGAAUGUAAGAAAAGUGACAAUGAUGUUGAAGAAAAGGCUGAGGAAGGAGCAGCAGAUGUUAGUGAGAAAUUUGUUUGUGAAUCAAAAGAAAAAGAUAAUCUGAAGGAAAUCAAUGAAAACGAGAAAAAAGCUAGUGAAUUAGAAGGAAAUGCUGAUCAAAAUACAAGUGAAUUAGAUGAAAAGAAUGAUUUUGCCAAUGAGGUAGACAGGCAGCCACAGAGAAAUGUUAAAGGACUUGUUGCUCAUUCCAAAAGAGGCAAAUCUAAGGCCCAGAAACGGCAGGCUGAAAAUUCAGAUGAUACGCAACCAGCUGAGCCAGCCUCUAAAAGAUCAAAGUUGAGAGGUCGUGUGAGCUCUAGAGGUCGAGGAAAGAGAAGGGGUGUUAACUUUGACUCUUCUUCCUCUGAUGAUGAUCUUCCUCUCAGUCAGGUGGUUGGAAGAGGUAGGGGAAGUAACUCUAGAAGGGGAGGAAGGAAAGCUGUUGGCGGGCAACAAACAAAAGCUACCAAAGAGCAGACUAAAAAAAAGAAAGUUGAACAGAAGGAUGUGAAGACCAGUAGUUUAGAUAUGCCUGCAAUACCAGCAGAUCUAAGUGAAGAGGACACAGGUCGAAGACGCAGCGCACGAGUCCGGAAUAUGCGUGCACGUAAAAAGUCACCCUCACCAGAUUAUGUUCCGAGUGACCUUGAUGUUUCUGAUGAUGACUUUCUUGAUGAUGAUUUUGAUGAUGAAUUUAUAUUGAAAUCAAAGAAAAGGAAAAAAAGAGAACCAAAAGAAGUUGUAGAAGAAGUUCCAAAAGGUAGAAAUGCUCUGCGUCAUGAAGCCAAAGCUAACAAGAAAGGAGGAAAGGUUAAAGAGGAAGAAGAGGAAGAGGAAGGAGAAGCAGCAUGUGUUAAAUGUCUCAGAUCUCAUCAACCAGAAUGGAUAUUAUUGUGUGAUAAAUGUGAUGCUGGAUACCAUACAGCAUGUUUACGUCCUCCUUUAAUGAUAAUACCAGAUGGAGACUGGUUCUGUCCUCCUUGUGAACAUACUUCAUUAAAAGAAAAGUUAGAGGAAAAUCUAAAACAAUUGGAUCAGGCCAUAUUGAAAAAUGAUAGAAUGGUCAGAAGAAAAGAGCGCCUGGCCUUUGUAUCAGUGAGUUUGGAUAAUGUCUUGAAGGAACCUGAGCCUGGGGAAAUUAAGAAGGAAAGACCAUGCAAGAAAGCUAAUUACAAAGACAGUGAGUAUGAAACAGGAACUGAAUCCAGUAAUGAGACUCAAAGUUCAUUGUCCACCACUGAAUCAGAGAGUUCUUCAGAAGUUGAAAACACUCACCAUAAAAAAUCAAAACAAAAGUUUGUGCAGAGAGCUUGUAGAAGUAAAAAGUCUGUAAGCUACAGGUUUGAAGAGUUCGAUGAAUUGAUCAUGGAUGCUAUUGAAGAAGAUCUUAGCAUACCAAAGGAGCCAAAACCAAGGAAAGUAAAACCCCCAGGUAUAAGCAGAGGUAAAGAUAUGUCUAAUAUUUUGGGUGCAUCAGAUGAGGAAGCCCCAAAGAAACCUGUACGUAAACGUAAACCCCGUCUGACAGAGCUUGAUGAGGACAUAGAUGAUGAUGAUGACACUGAUGAUUAUCAACUCUCAGAUGCUUCAAAUGCAACUGAUGCAACAAAAUCAUCAAUAUACGAGAGUGAAGAUGUAAGUGAGGACAGUAUUGAAUCGUCAUGGAGACUGAAUACAAGGUCAACACGCAAAUCCCAUAGGAAAGGAGGCAGAAAUAGGAAAUUUAAAGAUGACUUUGUUGUGGAAAGUGAUUUUGAAAGUGAGGAAGACAGUAAGCGACGGUCUAGGCGACGUCCUCGUAAAUCAAAAAUCAACUAUAAAGAAAUAAACAGUGAUGAGACAGAGGUAGAGGACAACGAUGACUCAUUUCAUUCUUCAGAAUUGAGUGACUCUGAUUUUGAAGACAAGAGGAAAAAUCGAAUUGAUAAAAAGAAGAAACCUGAGAUCAAAGAGAGGCAAAUUUCUGGAAAAAGACAAAGAAUUAGAAAAGUUUUAUCCUCUUCAGAAAGUUCAGAGGAAGAUUCCGAUGAGUCCAGGCCUAGAACAAAGAAAGGGAAGAAACCACCAUUUAAAACAGCUAGGUAUGACAGUGAUGAGACAGAUGAGAGCUUAGACAGAAGCAAAAUUUCGAAAUCCAAAGACAAAAAAAUCCAGCAGCUUUCAGAUAAAUCUGAAUCAGAAACAGAAGAAAAUGACGAGACAGAUUCUUCUGAAACUGAGGUCAGUGACUCUGAUUCAACUAAAAACAAGAAAAAGACAAAGGAAAAGAUUAUGAAAAAGGUUAUUAAGUCUGACUCUGAGGAAGAUGACAGAGGUGAUGAUGAGGAGAAGAGAGAUGACUCACAAGACACUGGGAAAGACUCAGAAGAAAGUGGGUGGGAAGAAAUAGGUGUAGAUACUGAUGAAAUUGUGUCGAAUUCCAAAAAAUUAGAAGAAAAAGGUGGUGAGAAAGGAGAUCAAUUAGGUAAAUCAGACAUGGUUUGUACAGAUGAAACAAUUACAGGAGUUAGUGGGAAACAAGAACAUGUCAGUGAAACAAGAAAUAAAGUGGAAAAUUGUAAUUUUAAUGAAAAUAAAAUGGAAUCAGAUACUGUUGAAACAAUGGAAAUGAAAGAUGAAAUGGCAUUUAGUGAAAAAGAUAAUUUUACAGCUGUAGUUACAUCACAAAAGAAAAUGAGAGGUAGGAAGCCUAAAAGUGAAACUGUUAAUGAGGAUAAUACAACGCAAGAAAUGACACCCAAGAAACGUGGAAGAAAACCAAAGGCAAAACCAGAAGCUAGUGAAACUAACAGUGAUGAAAUACCUGUUAAGAAAAAGAGAGGUCACAAACUAAAGAUUGAAAAAGUUGCUGAAGUGUCUGGUCCAGACAUACAUGUUGAUAAGGGGGAAGCUGACAGUGGUGUAUAUGAAGAACAGAAGACAGAAGAUACUUCAGAAAAUCAGACAGAUGCUCCAAAGAAGAUUGAUGAAGCAGAAAAAUCUGAAGAACAAAAGGUUGAUAAUAAGAAUGCAACAGAAAUUUCACAAAUGAUAGAAAAGGGUAAGGAUGACAGUCCAUUGUCAGCAAGAAAUAAACAUAAUGCCCCAGUAGGAGUAGUGAAACCAGAAGUAAGGCAAGGUGUAAUUGUUGAAAACAAGCAAGUUACAGAUGGUAGAUUGAAUGAGAACAGGCCAGGUGAAAAUCCUGUAAAUCCUCUUCAAGGAAUGAGAGACCUUGCAAUGGGAAAUCAGAACAUACAAGGUUCACACCAAAGCAGUUUUACACCAUACACACAGUCAAGUUAUCAGGCUCCAAAUAUGCCAAGCUUUAUUGGUCAACCAGGUUUUCAGAAUUAUCAAAAUCCAGCCCCACCUUAUGGUCAAAGCGGCCCUGGACCUCACCAUCCCCAUCACAUUGGUCCUCAGGGAAUGCCUCAAGGACAUCCUCAGUAUCCACCUAACCAGGGAAACAGCUAUCAGCAACAUAGCUCUUACAUGGGUCCAAUGCAACAAGGGCAAAGUUUCUUUCAAGGAAAUUACAGGCCUACAGGAGGCCAAGGCGAAGGAUUAGGACACCAGAAUCCCCAUGGUGCAAAUCCACAAUAUUACCAUCCUCACCAAGGGCAGUAUCAAGGGCAAAGGCAUGGGUAUCCAGAUUAUCAACUGCCUUACCAUAUGGGUCCUCAAGGCCUUGUGUCAAUCCCACCAAACCAACAAUGUCCAGGUCCAUACCCAGGAAUGCCUUAUAACUAUUCAAAUAUGCCUCAACAAGAUAUGCAUAGACCAGGCUUUAGUCCUCCUAUUUCACAACAAAGCAUCAGCCCUAAUCAUCAAGUGAGACCUCCGACAAGACUUCCUGGACCACCACCUCUACAGCGUUCAAGUCCUUUGCCUAGAGUAGAAACUGAUGCUCCAAACAGGGGCUUCAUGAUGGAUAAUAUUCUUAAGCCAACCUCAGAAGGAACAUCUCAUGAUGUAGAAGACAGUGCUGAAGUGUCAGAUAUAGAUAGAUACACCUCAUUUCUUUGUAAAUCAACUGACUAAAAGCCUGUAACUCAAAAGAAAUCCCUCAAAGGCUAUUGAUCAGAGAGAUUAGGCUGGAUUAAAACUAUUCCAAUUACAUCAGUUGCAGAGACCAGAUAAUCUGAACUUUUGACAAUGAAAUAAUGUUUAUGUAAAAUUAUUGAAACACUUCUUUUUUUAAAUUGCCUCAUAUUCUUGAUAAGAUUGUAUUUUGUAUGACAUAUAUGUGUAAAAGUUUUAACUGUUAUACUUAGUGAAUUUAGAUUUUUUAAAUUUUAUUUAGAUUUUUACAUUUGAUUCAUUUGAAGUAUUUUGGAUAAGAUGUUGACUUGUAAGAUGUUCCUUAGCUACAUGUAUAUCAGUAACAUAAAAAUUCUUUAAAAACUGUUUUUAAAGACUAGACCUAAGAUAUUUAGUAUAAAACAUUGUCUUGUCAACCUCUACAAAGUUUUUAUUCAAAUUAAAGCUCAAGAUUAAAACUGGCCCAAUCAUGGGUUUUCCUAAUAUGUAUAUAAUAAAAACUUCAAAAUUUAGGGUAAGAGCGUAGAUAUUUGGUAUGGAGCAAUGUCUAGUGGACAGUUACCAAUUUUUAUGCUCCCCAAAACUCACCGCCUUGUUUCUCUGUCACACUCUUGUCCAGAGAAUAACUUAUAAGAUAUU